AUGGACGAAGAAGGCCAAGAAUACAACUCCAGCUCUGAUUGCGACUCCUAUACUUCCGUUUCCGACUCGGAAAAUGACAGAGAUGAAGACGACGAUGGUGUAGAAUUCUCGGAUCGAGAAGAUGGAGAGCCUCAACACGAAGAUGAAAGCUCAGAGAGCGAUGAAGAAGAGGAAGAACUGGAAAAUAAAAAAGUAUCAUUAUUCGAUGAGAUUGCAGCCUCAGAAAUGCCGACGGCAGAAGAUUCUGGUGAAAAUGAUCCUAAACCGAGACCCAACAUAGACGUGAAUAUACUCCGUAUUAGUAAAUUCUAUGACAGUCCAAAAGUUAGGCCACAAUAUCUCAACAUUCUGACAGACUUUGCUGAUGCGGAGAUUUUCCUGAUUGACGGCGACUCUUUGCUGUUGGAGCUUUUUUGCCAAAAUAGCCUAGACUGGACACAUGGCGGACAGUUUCUACAUCUCACCUAUCUACUUGAACGCUUCCUCAAGCAUUUUACAGAUAAAGGUGGUGUUUUCCACGUUGUCUUUUUCGAAGAAAUGGAGAUCAUCUGGAGAAGUCGACCAUCCAUGCUGUUGGCACGACAAGCUUUAAUUCUUCAUCUUCAGCACAACACGCCUUUCACAAUUGAGACAUCAAUAGCGAGUGUUUGGGACAAGCAUUGGAAAGAGUACAUCGAUCGAAACAUUCCCGCAUUUCUGAUGUUAACGGACGCGGAAAAUGUUCCAUGGAAAAAGACUGGAGAGACGAAAAAGCUACAUGUGACAGUGGAGUUUUUCUUCCGCUGUAUUCUGUUACAUUGUCUUGGACAAGGAUUAAAUUGUGUCUUUAUCUCAGGUGUCCAGAUGACCGCGACAAAAGUGAUGGGAUAUUACAACGAGUCCACGUCAGAACAUAGAUUAUUCCAUAGGAAGCAUGGUGAAGCAGUCCAUAAUACAUGGGAUUGGUUGAUGAGGUAUUGGCGCCGUCAAUGUACUCAGGAAAACAUCACCGGAUGUGAAGUAACAGACAAUCAGAUUGAUUUCCAGUCAGAAGUUGAAGUUGCUCUUCGAUCUCCACCGCAGGGUGGAUGUCGGGAGGUUGCCACAAUCCUUACUUGUGUGCAAGUCCUCUUUCAACUACUUCACAACGACAACAUCAGUAAGGAUACGAUGAAGAUUGCUGAGGAUAAGGUCAAACUUUUCCUUCUUCAAUCUGCACUUCUAAAGAAACUUCCGUUAAUGUACAGAGCCCAAAACGUAAACAGUUCUUUGUUGGACGAAUUCUGCAAAGCGAAAGAUGGCAAAGUUUAUCCCUUUCACGAAAUCCAUACAAGUUUAUGGCAGAUUUUGAAAAUGAUACAAUCAGCUUUGAGAGAUGCUUAUAAAGAAGACAGUGCCGCAAAUGUAUUAGACAUGACUUCAGUGGCAGAUUUAAUGGACGGACGCCUAUUCCAUACUCUCUUCUGGCAUAUCUUGAAACAGAUGUCCCAGGGAUCAAAAGGUCUGUUUCUACCCCAGGAUGUUAAACGAGAUGUUGAGUGUGCAUGGGAGAAAGUUGUCGCUCUUGUGAACGGAUCAUGUCAUUCAGAUUCUCUACAAAAUCAAUUUUUUCCUUUGUUUGACGGAAGUUCUACAAGCCUUUAUCAGGAGGAAGGUACCGUCUGGCUCUGUCAAAAUCUACUCAAUGAGAUUAACGACCAUCGAGUGAAAUUAUCAGUGUUUGUUUCAGGAACAAGUCCAGAUCAUUACUCCGGCGCGAAGCUCAAAAGGCUACUUGACGUUGGAAGUACUCUUGUGAGUGAGUACGUUGGUGAUAUUCGAUCAAGAAUUAACGCCAUGGCUGGAGGAGAGACCGAAGACGAAGUGUUGAUGAUUGGCAAAGAAUUUGAUGAGCAGUACCACUGGCAUUCUCUCAGGCCACUAACUGAUGAUUUCGCCAGGACAAAGCAGACUUUUGCAGAUAAGCCCCCGACUGAUCCCAAAGAAAGAAAGUGGUAUUCGAAACAAAGGGAUAAGUACUUUCGCUAUCAAAAAUUGUACGGAAACUCCCUUGUUGGUGGUUUCGACAAAGCGAAAAGUAUAAUCGUCAAGAAAGAGGUCCCAAAUAAGAAGAAAGGAAAGAAAAAGGAUGGAAAGACGGGAGGAAGCGCCAAACGAAUCAUCGAGCAGAACAAAAAAAAACGCAAAGAUGAAGAAAGACUAAAAGAUAAAGAAAAAUGGAGCGACAUUCUUAUAAACAUUGACAAAAACUUGAAGAAGGAUGACUUCAGCACUGUUUUGCAAUUAGUCGAUAAGUAUCUCGCAGAUUGCAAAACUCCCAAACUUCAUCUCGAAGCGCUGAUGAAAAAGGCACAAAGUUGCCUUGUAGCCUGGCAGCAGACAAGGGCUGCUAACGCCGGAUCUAAUGACAUGAAAUAUCCUGUGCUGCUGCUAAAGAGUGUUCAGAAAAUGGCUGAAGACUUCCACAGCCUUCUCACCGACAAAGACAAAAAGAAACUGGCUGGAUUUAUGCGGAAGCUGGGAUUCGAUGACAUCGCAGCAACGCUUUACGAUCUACCUGAAGAAAGUGAAAGAAAAGCUCAACAGCUAUCGGUCCACACUACAAGCGCAAGAUUCCAACUUGACUGCAUGGGUCAUUUACUCAAGCGGGAAACAAGAACUGAUCGUGACCAGAGGGUUGACCACUUCAUUCCAGAUACAUGGCAGCGUGAACUUCUUGACGCUGUGGAUAAGAACGAGUCAGCGGUAAUAGUGGCACCCACCUCGUCGGGAAAGACUUUUGCCUCAUACUACUGCAUGGAGAAAGUUCUGACUCAAGACAACGAUGGUGUGGUGGUAUAUGUUUCCCCAACAAAGGCCUUAGUAAAUCAAGUUGCAGCAACAGUGUACGCUCGCUUUCAUCGUAAAGAGCUUCCAGGGGGAAGGGCAGUGUAUGGUGUUUUCACGAGGGAUUAUCGAUUAAACACGUUGAACUCUCAGAUCCUUGUUACAGUUCCUCAAUGUUUGGAGAUACUUUUUCUCUCGCCCCGUAGACAGGAUUGGACAAAAAAAGUUAGAUACGUAAUCUUCGAUGAGGUUCACUGUCUUGGUCAAGAGAUUGGAGCUGAAGUCUGGGAGCAUCUUCUUCUUCUCAUUCGCUGUCCCUUUCUGGCGCUUUCGGCAACCAUUGGAAAUCCAGAUGACCUUACAAAGUGGUUGCAAGCCGCUCAAAACUUUCGAGAGCAGCAAGACAAACAUGAAAAUGGCCAGAUGAGAAAGUCCUACAGAAUCAGACUAGUUAACUUUCAUGAAAGAUACUCAGAUCUGGAAAAGAGUGUAUACCUUCCGAGUCCCAGUAAUGGGAAAUUCUCUGAAGAGUCCAAGGAAUACAAGGGUGUUUGCGAUGUCAAAGCGACAGGAGAGUUUGUGAGACUUCAUCCUUGUGCUCAGCUCGGAGCAAAACAGCUACAAGAGAAUUCCUUCCCAAGAGAUAUGGAUUUCACCCCUCAAGAAUCUCUACAACUUUUUGACGUUAUGACUAUGCACUGGCCAGACAAAGAAUCCUUGCAGAAACUUUCCCCCGAGAAGUACUUUGAGAAAAAUAAGUUCAUUGACAAGAGCUUCGCACGACAGUACGAGAAGGACCUGAAGAGGGAAUUCAAGUCUUGGGCCGAUGAAAAACAUCUUGAGAAGGUUCAAGCCGUUAUACAGUCACUGAAUUCUGUUUUGGUGGAGAAACAGGCCUCGACUGAAAAGGAAUGGACCCAGCUAGGUAUGCCUUCGUCGGGAAAAAUUUUCAUUGAAAAAAAUUUCCCAAAGCUUGUGGAACAGCUAAAGGCUCAAGAAAAACUGCCCGCUCUGGUUUUCAGCUUUGACCGCAACUUAUGCGAAGUGUUGGCAUUUGGACUCGCUCAGCACUUUCGAAAUAAAGAGGAGGCUAUUAAAGGCCAGAAUGGCGGGAAAGACUUGAAGUUUGCCCUAAAGAGGUUACAAAAGGUGAACAAGGAAUCUAAAAGGCUGAGAGAUGGAGAGGCAGAGAGAGCAAAAGAAGAAAGAUUGGACGACCAAGUAAGACAACAGUAUGAGAAAGACUUUUCAUUCUUAAAUGAUCCUUUACCAGGCUGCACAUUAGCCUCUGUACACGAAAUUGGAGUCAAGGAUUUAAAGAAGAUCAUGGAUCGCAUUAGGUCUACGCCUGAGACCUCACGAUUUAAGAAAGCUUUAAGACGAGGAAUCAGUUACCAUCAUGCUGGACUGAAAAACACAUUACGUGGCACGGUGGAGAUGUUAUUUAGAAAGAAGUAUCUUCAGGUCGUUACAGCAACAGGAACCUUGGCCCUUGGUAUUCAUAUGCCUUGUAAAACGGUCGUGUUUGCUGGAGAUUCACCCUUCUUAAAUUCUUUGCAGUACAGACAGAUGUCUGGCAGGGCAGGUCGCCGAGGUUUUGACCCUGUAGGAAAUGUAGUGUUUUUUGGAGUUCCUUACCGUAAAGUUCAGCGUCUUAUCACAGCCAAUGUUCCAAAGAUUGUUGGGAACUUCCCCAUUAACGUAUCACUGGUGUUGCGCUUGCUUCUGAUAACAUCAAAGGGAGAUGAUCAAAAGGAUGCUCUCACAAAGGCUCUCUCACUGCUGUCGCACCCUUUUAUCUCCAUUACUCACCCCGAAAUGGAGAGCCAGAUCAAGAAACAUUUCUUAUUCUGCGUCGAGCUUCUUACCAGAUUGGGUCUUGUAAAACAAGAAAACGGCGCUCCUCUACAGAUGGCAGGACUGGCGACACACCUUCACUAUCAUGAGCCCUCAAACUAUGUGUUGGUCAGUUUUCUUCAACGCGGUCUCUUCCACAAGAUUUGUGAGCCAGGAGAGAAUGGAAAAUUCUCAGACGACGUGUUGAGGAAGAUGGUGCUCGUUUUAAGCCACUUGUUCGGCAGACGAUCCCUUCACGCUUCAUACAAACGAACGGUCCAUUUAUGCUCGACGUCAAAAGUAAUUUUGGAGGAUCUUCCAGAUGAAUUUGCUUCAGCUCUAAGAGAGUACAACCGCCAAGUCACAGAUGUCUUCAGUCAGUACCUCACUACGGUGGCUGCAGACCUCGAAAGGGAAAGAGGAGAGGAGAACAAACUUCCUUUAUCGGGCAUAGAAUUUCCAAAGGAAGCAAGUGUUGGUGACGAUGACAAGCACGAUAUUAUCAAAAGGCUCGUGUCCUCAUCUAUACCGUACUCCGCCUGCUCUUCCUUCGCUGCAUUGUCGGGAAAUUCAGACUUUCAAGUGCAUUCUUCGAGCGUAGCCAAAGAGAACGUGACAGUUCAGCUUGAUGAAGAAAAUGAGGAAGAAGAACCAAUUGAUCAUCUCCUUGAGAUUGUUCGACAAGAUGUUUAUACCGACAUCAAUGUUGUUCCCAUCCUCCGUCUGAAAAAAUGCAACUCAGUUGGAAGUGCUCUGCCCUUGAAUGCUUAUGCUCUGGAUUUUUUCAAGCACGGGUCUGUUAAAGCCAUUGGGAGAGAAAACGGAAUCAAGGCUGGAGAAGUUUUUCAAAUAUUAAAGGAUUUUCUCCUAACCAUCAAGUCAAUCAGUACUUCUCUUGAAGAGCUGGGUCCCGAGGAGGACAAUGUGGUAGUAGCUUUCAAACAGCUCGCCGAGGAGUAUGGAAACAAGUUUAGUAAGCAGUUUAAUGCGGACAUUUGA